AUUUUAAACGUGUGGAUGCUGUCAUUUGGUUUACGGAAAAAAAAUAAGAUGCAGAAAAAUCUUGCGGAAAAAAUGCGAGACGUCUGGGCUUCGGUUCAACUUUCUCACGCGAUCUGCUGGCUACACGACAGUUUCUGAAUCAAGAGAUUUGAAGCCCAUGAGAACGCUGUGCUUUUCCUGAGGAUGAAUAACUUCCAGCAACAAACGUUCGUGGCCAGGCAGGGGUAUCAGCACCAAGGCAUGAUGGGGGCUCCCGGGAUCGGUCACAUGGGUGGAGUUGGCAUGCAGCAGCAGAGGAUGAUGGGAAAUAUUCAACAACAACAACAACAACAAGGCAUGAUGGGAGCACAGAUGAUGAGGAUGGGACAGCAAGGCAUGAUGGGAGGGCAACAGCAAAGGAUGGCUGGUCCAGGGAUGCAUCUACAAGGUAUAAUGGGAGCUCAACAACAAAGGAUGGGUAUGCCAGGAGUAAGCCAGCAAGGGAUGAUGGGAUCUCAGCAUCCGAGGAUGGCAUCACCAGUGGUAAGCCAGCAAGGUAUGAUGGGAGCUCAGCAACAGAGGAUGGCAUCACCUGUGGUAAGCCAACAAGGUAUGAUGGGAGCUCAACAACAAAGGAUGGGUAUGCCUGGAGUAAGCCAACAAGGUAUGAUGGGAGCUCAGCAUCCAAGGAUGGCAGCCCCUAUGGUAAGCCAGCAAGGUAUGAUGGGCGCUCAACAACGGAGGAUGGCAUCACCUGUGGUAAGCCAGCAAGGUAUGAUGGGAGCUCAACAACAGAGGAUGGCAGCCCCGAUGGUAAGCCAGCAAGGUAUGAUGGGAGCUCAACAACAGAGGAUGACAGCCCCAAUGGUAAGCCAGCAAGGUAUGAUGGGAGCUCAACAACAGAGGAUGACAGCCCCGAUGGUAGGACAACAAGACAUGAUGGGAGCUCAGCAGCAAAGGAUGAUGGGACAAGGCAUGAUGGGUAACCAGCAUCAGAGGAUGUUGAGACCGGGGUUGAGUGAACAAAGCAUGAUGGGUACAGCACAGCAGAGGAUGAUGGGAUCAACAGCACAGAACUGUGGGAUAGAUCCUCGUGUCAAUCAACAACUCAUGAUGCAAGGCCAACAGCAAAGGAUGAUGGGCCCUGUAGUCAGCCAGCAGAGCAUGAUGGAAAUGCGACAACAAAGGAUAAUGAGUAUCAACCAACAGAGAUCGGUAGGACCAGGUCAGAUGCAGCAAGGCAUGAUGGGUGUUCAACAGCAUGGCUCACAGUUCCCACAGCAAAGCAUGAUGGGAACAACUGGCAACAGCCAUGUUGGUGCACAGCAGCAAAGGAUCAUGGUAACGAUCCUGCCGGAGCAUGGUUCUGUCGGGCCAGCGUCACAGAGAAUCGUUGAGUCGACUCACGGUGUAAGCGAGAGACAGGUUAUCGAAAUUAACACUGAAAACGAUGCAAUAAUGGACGACAGACGGGAAAAACAAAAUGGCGUCACGCGUUCCAACAACGUCAACAUCGUCAUCAGCCCCCAGGAAGACCUUCCUCACUACAGUGCCCCAAGUUCAACAGCAAACACGUUGAGUCCGAGGGCCAGCACCCUCCGAACCUUGGUGGAGGUUCCCCUGUCAUUCGAUACUGAAGUGUCCGAGAAGCAAACGUUUACUAAAGACGUGGACCACAGACUCUUAAAGCCUGACCUUGACCCUGGAAUCUUAAAGGAUGGAGAUGUUGACUACAGAACGCUGGUCCCGAUCAGACCCGCCGAAGAGGGGGACCAAAAUGUCCUUGAGACACAGCCUGACAAGCCAUCCCCAAAGAAGGACAUUCCGUUAAAACUCCUGGUGAAACUAAAACCUCUGAAGCCACUUCCAAAAACUCAUCCACCAGGAGAAACCUUGAUGGCAGAACCCAAGACAGAUCCUGAGAAUUCUUUACCAAAUAAAGACAGUACGGACCCACCGAAGCCAGGACUGGUACCGGUACCGAGUAAAGGGUCAGCAAGCAAGAGUAAGAUCACUCUAAAGCUGAUCGACAGAGGAGCAAAACAGAAACGCACAAAAGAGAACUCACAUGGAAGCAUUCCCACAUUGCUGGAGAAUAGCAUGCUUAGCUUGAACAUGGAACCAACACAACAAGAGAUUCUCAGUGCAUUAGAAGAAGACUGCGGUUGCAUGAAUUUUUUCUCGUCUCCAGUAGAACAAAAGACUACAGAGAGAACAGAGGUAACAAACAGUGAGACAAUGACGCUUUUGUCUAUCAGUGCACUAAGUGCAGCAGACAAAAUGGGACUUGUGCAAGAAGGUGUAGAAGUUAAGGUAGACUCUUCUCAAAGAGAAGAAGAAAAGGACAUGCCCAAGACACCUGAAGUAGUUGGUGUUACUUCUGUGCCAGGCACAAAGUCAGGAAUGGGCCCUACAUCUGAAGAACGCAAUAAUGACUUCUCUAAUUCUAAUUCUGGGAAAACAAAAGAACUUUCAGAGAACCACAACUUAGGACUAAAGCCAGAUGAAUCGGAAGACGAUCUGAAAGAAAACCUUCCCCUUCAAACCCAUUCUAAAGGUCCCUUGAAGUCGUUUCCUCUAGCAUUGCAAGACAAGGAGGAAAGACAAGCCAGGGAUGAUGAACUCAUUCAGACAUCUUUGGAUGCGAUGGUCGAGCCGUCAGAAGUUCAGAAUAUCGCAAUAUCUUUCAAAAAUCCCAUCGCGGAAGCUUUUGAACCGAACAAGCCUGGAUCGCCGCUCUUGAGCCUUGCUUUGAAGUUGACGAGACUUCACAAGCAAAACGUGACCAAGAGUUACAAUGGCAAGCACCUCAGACGGACCAUCAGCAUGAUAGAGGAGGGCAUGGAAAACAGGAGUAGGUUCAUGGGGGUGAAACAGAAGAACAACGCUGGGAAAGAACUGAGGUUAGUGAUCAGUAGGGUCUUUACGAAAAAGGAAGAAAGCAGUCCAGACGUAACAGAGCAUCCAGGUAACAAAAAUUCUUCACAGAGAUCACAAGACUCAAGGACUGUCGUUGUGAGUGAAGAAGUAACAAAAACGGAAGAUGCAAGAAUUCCUACAUCCCAAGACACAGAGGAUUUAGAGAACCAUUUGACUCCCGUGAACAAUGAUUUGUCCAAAAAGAAAGGCAGUCAGUGA